AUGGACACUACCGAUGAACCUACCUUACAUGUAUUUACCGAUGCAAGCGCAGUAGCGUACGGCGCUUUUGCGUACUUAGUAAAAGGGGAAGAGUCUAACUUUGUCAUGGCUAAAAAUAGAGUGGCACCUUUGAAAAAGUUAACUAUACCACAACUUGAACUUAUGGCAGCAUUAGUCGGAGGACGGUUAACUUCACAUAUAAUGUCAAGUUUACGGAUCGUUAAAAAGUGUGUAUUAUGGAGCGACAGUCAAAUUAUUUUACAGUGGAUAUCUUCAAGGAAGCAACUUAAAACCUUUAUAGCAAACAGAGUUAUUGAAAUCAAAGAGCUCACAUGUGAACAUAGCUGGAAAUAUUGCCCUACAGAACACAACCCUGCUGAUUUAUUAUCACGUGGUUUAUCGUAUGAACAAUUGAAAAAUAACAAACUAUGGAUGCAUGGUCCGGACUGGUUAACAAACGAGAGACAAUGGCCGAAUGAAUUUCAAAUCGACAAUAAAGAGAUGACCACAACUUCACGACAAGAAGUUGGAUGCGUAAUUCGAAAAUGCGUAAGUUGUAGAAAAGUAACAGGAGUUGCAUACAAAGCACCAGAUCCUCCACCUCUACCAAAAGAUAGAUUAUCGUCCGAAGAACCAUUUACUAUAUCAGGCGUCGAUUUCAGUGGUGCGCUUAACAUGAAAGGAGACGAUGGACUACUUCGAAAAGUGUAUAUAUGUUUGUUUACAUGUGCCAAUACUCGAGCUAUUCAUCUUGAAAUAGUUCCAGAUAUGACUGAAAAAUCGUUCAUGCUAGCUUUUCGUAGAUUCAUAAGCAGGAAAUCGAUACCAAGAGUUAUGAUAUCGGACAAUGCUACAACAUUUGUUGCCGCCGCGGAGGAAAUACGAAAGUUAACGGACUCUAAAUCUUUACAUGACAAAUUGUGCCAAUUUGGAACCACAUGGAAAUUCAUACCAAAACGUGCUCCAUGGUACGGAGGAUUUUGGGAAAGACUGGUUGGACUAACUAAAAAUUGUCUAAAAAAGAUUCUUGGACGCGCAUGUAUAGAUUUACCUCUGUUACAGACAUUAGUGGUGGAAAUUGAAGCUAGCCUUAACAAUAGACCGCUUACCUAUAUAUCGUCGGACAUUGCCGAUCCAGAGCCGCUUACCCUGUCGCAUCUAUUGUAUGGAAGACAAAUUAAAUCUUUCCCGUAUCCGUUAUAUACAGAUGAAACAGACAGUUAUAGUGCCGAUUUAACAACCAAUCACGAAACUAUGAAUGAUCAAGCGAAAAGGAGAUUCCGUCUUAUUGAACAAUUUUUAGCAAGAUGGAAACACGAGUAUUUGACCUCCUUACGUGAAUUUCACCGAGUGUCUGGAAAUAACAAUCAAAGUGUAAAACAAGGAGAUGUAGUCCAGAUAUAUGAUGAUAAUUCUCCACGUACGACGUGGAAACUCGGUGUAAUUGAAGAACUUACAUACGGAAACGAUAACCUUGUGCGAUCUGCGACGGUCCGAACAUCUAACUCUAAACUAAACAGACCAAUUGUCAAGUUAUAUCCUUUGGAGAUUUGUGAAUCCGACUCAAUUACUACACAGACGCAAAGAUAUCAGCGAAGAGCCAAGACAGAUGCCGUAGAGAAAAUCAGAGUGUGUUUAAAGUGA